GCACUUCUCUGUCAUGCAUAUAACACAAUCAAAUGAAAAGCACUAGGUGGUAGCUGAGGGUACCUUCUUUGUGUCGCGUUAGAAUGUUUUCUAAUGCGCCGUCCCACAGUUUCAGGUAUCGGAUCUCAUUACAUACGUAAAGCGGUAUAGUCGUAGUAGUAGCGCGGUAGAAGUAGGUCACAUGUUUGACCACACGCCCGGCGAAGGGUGGCGCGCAAGUGCACAAGCUGCACGUACAAUAACAAACGAAGAAGAAUGACACAUUUGAUUAGUCUAAACUUUGGCGGACUUUUAUCCUUCGUCACCGUGUUUUUUCCCCUCUUGUUCCCCGUGGGUGCCUCGUGAUAAGUUUUGUAUUUGACAGCGACAUUCACGUUCCGUCUUUCGUUGGAUCAGCACUGUGCAAGAACAACAGCAAGCAUGUCUUUAACAAAUGCCGAUAAUGUCACCAAGGACGCAUGGGACUCGCACAACAAGAUGAUGUUGGAGCCUCUGGCUGUCAAUGAUGCUGAGGUGUUCUCUAUAAUUAAAAAGGAAAAGCACAGGCAGACGUAUGGGCUGGAACUGAUUGCUUCAGAGAACUUCACCAGCAGAGCUGUUCUAGAGGCUUUGGGAUCUUGUAUGAACAACAAGUACUCUGAAGGAUAUCCUGGUCAGAGGUAUUAUGGUGGAACUGAGCAUGUGGACGAGCUGGAGCGACUCUGCCAGAAGAGGGCGCUAGAGGCAUAUGGGCUGGAUUUUGACAAAUGGGGUGUGAACGUGCAGCCAUAUUCAGGUUCUCCUGCCAACUUUGCUGUUUACACCGCCAUCGUGGAACCGCAUGGUAGAAUCAUGGGCCUGGACCUUCCUGAUGGAGGUCACCUGACACAUGGCUUCAUGACUGAAAAGAAAAAAAUCUCUGCAACGUCCAUCUUCUUUGAGUCCAUGCCGUACAAGGUUAAUCCCGAAACUGGUUACAUCGACUAUGACCGACUGCAAGAAAACGCUCGCCUUUUCCACCCCAAACUCAUCAUUGCAGGAACGAGCUGCUAUUCCCGUAACAUCGAUUAUGCCCGCAUGAGGCUGAUCGCUAACGAGAAUGGUGCGUAUCUGAUGGGAGACAUGGCACACAUCAGUGGACUGGUGGCUGCCGGAGUUGUGCCUUCACCCUUUGACUACUGUGACAUUGUUUCCACGACGACACACAAGACGCUGCGCGGCUGCAGAGCUGGACUGAUAUUCUUCAGAAAAGGUGUGCGCAGCAUAGACGCCAAGGGGAAAGAGACUCUGUACAAUCUCGAGUCUCUAAUCAAUCAGGCCGUCUUUCCAGGGCUGCAGGGUGGACCUCACAACCAUGCCAUCGCAGGUGUUGCUGUAGCUCUCAAACAAGCCAUGACACCAGAGUUCAAAGCUUACCAGAUGCAGGUUCUUGUGAACUGCAAAGGUCUGGCCACUGCUCUCAUUGAGCAUGGCUACAAGAUUGUCACUGGUGGUUCUGACAAUCAUCUUAUCCUGUUGGACCUGCGCAGCAAAGGAACAGAUGGAGGACGAGCUGAGAAGGUUCUGGAAGCCUGUGCUAUUGCUUGUAAUAAGAACACCUGUCCAGGGGACAAAAGUGCUUUGCGGCCCAGUGGACUGAGAUUUGGCUCCCCGGCGCUAACCUCGAGAGGCUUGAUGGAAAAUGACUUCAGGAAGGUUGCAGACUUCCUUCACAGAGGCAUUGAGCUGACCUUGGAGGUGCAGAGAAGUCUGGAUCCCAAGGCCACGCUGAAGGAGUUCAUCCAGGCGUUGUCCAAGGAAGAAAAGUUCCAGGAGCGUGUGACCGAAAUCAGGACAGAGGUUGAAGCUUUCGCUGGUCAUUUUGCCAUGCCUGGCCUCCCUGAGCUCUAGAUGAUGACUCAUACACUGAUGGUUGUUGUUGGACAGAUUAUUAUGGAAACUAUUGCAUGCAAUUUUGGAGAUGUUAAUUUAUAUGUGUAUAUUUGAUACGGUUAUACACACCUUACGCCAUCAGCUCAAGACACAUUUUUGUUCAAGCAGGCAUUCAAUAUUUUUUUUGUGAUUUCGUCCACUGCUGCUUUCGAUGUUUCAUUAAAACCUCAAAAUCAAAUUCAUCCUUUCUAAAAAGGUUUCCAUACCUUAUGAGUUGUGCAGUUUGCUGCCCCAAGUAUGACUAUCCUUUUCUGUGAUUAAGCAUCAUGUACAGUAUUCAACACCAGGGACAUAUGCUUUUGUUUUUUGAAUGCAACUUCUUUGUCAAUGCGUACAUUCUUUGAGUGUGCCUCAGGUGGAUAUAUCUGCUGUGAUCAAUCUGUACAAAUAGAAGCCGCAUGUAGCUGCCCGGAAUGAGCCGGAGGAAUUCUGUAAAGAGCUUUGUAUUUAAAUUGUGUCCUGCAUUAAAAGACUCAAUGCAUUAAACACC